UGUUUUUUUAAUAAGAAAAUUAAUAAAGAAAAGGAGUUGUUCAUAUCGUCUACUACCUUAUAUAAACAUACCAUCCAUGUUUCCCUCUUCCUACACCGCACUCUGUCUUCUUCCUCCAUCUCCUUCUGUGAUUUAUCUCUCCACUUUGUUUGGAACUAUGGAUAAGGUUAAACUUGUAAAGAAUGGUGUUAUGAGAUUACCACCUGGAUUCAGAUUUCAUCCCACUGAUGAGGAACUUGUGGUUCAGUAUCUCAAGAGAAAAGUCUUGUCUUCUCCAUUACCAGCUUCCAUCAUUCCUGACUUUGAUGUUUGCAGAGCUGAUCCUUGGGACUUGCCUGGCAAUUUGGAGAAGGAGAGGUACUUCUUCAGCACAAGGGAAGCCAAGUACCCAAAUGGGAACCGGUCUAACCGAGCAACCGGUUCGGGUUAUUGGAAAGCUACCGGUAUUGAUAAACGGGUUGUGACCUCUCGAGGAAAUCAAAUCGUUGGUUUGAAGAAAACACUCGUUUUCUACAAAGGCAAACCACCUCAUGGCUCAAGAACCGAUUGGAUCAUGCACGAAUAUCGUCUCUCUUCCUCUCCUCCGAGUUCAAUGGGUCCUACUCAGAACUGGGUUCUUUGUCGUAUCUUCCUUAAAAAGAGAGCUGGCAGCAAGAGCGACGGCGACGAGGGAGAUAACCGGAAUAUAAGAUAUGAUAAUGACCAUACUGAAAUAAUUACAACAAACCAAACUGAAGAUAAAACUAAACCAAUCUUCUUCGAUUUCAUGAGAAAAGAAAGGACCACAGACUUGAACCUUUUGCCAAGCUCUUCUUCUUCCGACCACGCUUCAAGUGGACUCACGACGGAGAUAUUCUCUUCUGAUGAAGAGACCAGUAGUUGCAAUAGUUUCAGACGAAAUCUUUAAUUUAAUUUUAAUGUUGACUAUCUUUAAUAACUCUUUUAAUAAUUUCCAAUUUUAUAUUAAUACCAUUCUGCUUUUUUUUUUUUCCAUUUUA